AUGUCUUACAAUUGUUCUAUUUUUGAAUCUGACAGCGAUGGUAGGGGCGACGCAAUCGAUCUGGGCCACCGGCGCAUCACAAAGAAAGAGGCCACUGAGGACGUCGAAGUUGAGAAGCCGCAGUCAAAGGAGCUUUUGAAGCCAACGAAAAUCGUCACCCCCUACGUUUCGGCGGAUGCCCUGAAAAAGUUGGCACAGGACAUCGAUAGCAUGAGUCUGGGCAACAGCGCAGAUUCACCUGAUGUCAGAGAGAGGCAGGAGCAGAAAGCACAGUUGAGCAGCCCAGAGCACCCCGCCGACGACAAGCCACCGACGGCCGCGUCUCGGCAGCCAGGACUCGCUCCCACGGCUCCCAAGCGGAGCAUCCUCAAGUCGCCGGCCUCCAACCACAGGUCCUGGCUGAGCAUGCUCGAGAGCGAAAAGCGCCAGGCGUCCGAGCCUCCCUCUCGGUCAGAAGGGAGCACCCCGUCGGCGGCGGAAGACGCGGAGAAGAUACUGUGGCAGUGGGUGACGGGUGACACCGUCGAGAUGCUCGUGGGGAAGGAGGCCGCCAGGGACUUCAGGCAGAGACAUCAGACCUUCGACGAGAAGGCCAGAGCGGAGAGGUACCGGGAGAUGUACGCCAAGCUCUGCCGAAAGCUGGACGAAGAGGAGAAGCUGGAGGAGGAGUGGGAGAAGUCUCUCUUGGACUCGGACGAUGACUCGGACGAUGAGUCGGACGAGGGCGAAAUGCAGACAAUAAUGCCGACGGCGCCGAUGCCGACGAUGGAGGAGCUGGCGGCCGACCCCAUAGUCGAGCGGCUCAAAAUCCUCGAGCGUGAGGUAGGCCGGCUCAGCUUGGGGACUGCGGAAGUCAGUGAAGGCGACGUUCCUGGGAAAAAAGCGGCAAGAACGAACCAAAGGAGGAAGCCUGCCAGGUCUAAAUCUAAUGCUGAUGAGCCUCUGGCUGAAAACGAUGCAUUCCUGCCCAUCGUUGACUCUCGUGCGCAGAACGUCCAUCGUCGUAGGAUUGUGCUGGAUCGCCUCAAGAAACUGCUGCCAGACAUAUUGGAUCUUCUGUAUUUGGACCUAUCUGAAAUAUCCCCAGAUCUGACGGAGAUGGUAGUUACAUUCAGAUUGGCAGCUGACAACGUGACAUUCAAGAUGGAAAUUUGGACUUACAUUGCAGCGUGCCUUCUCAUGAUGCUUUCAAGACGAUGUCCUGCAUUGGAUUCAGCCAUGAAGUCAGAAGAGCCAAGAAGGAAGUUUUCUUUGUUUUUGGUAGAGAUGGGAACUUCUAUGGACGCAGUCGCGAGUCUUGCAAAUAAAUUAUUGGUGCCGUGAAAA